AUGGCGGCCCCCACGGAGGCAGCAGCCGGCAUGAACCUGAGCAACAUGAGCAACAUGCUGCAGUUUAUGAAACUUAUCGGACAACUCAAAAGAGUCCCACGGACCGGCUGGGUGUACAGGGAGGUGAAGAAACCCGAGAGCGUAUCAGACCACAUGUACCGCAUGGCCAUGAUGUCUCUGACCAUCACUGACCCCACAGUGGACAAGGACAGGUGUAUAAAGCUGGCUCUGGUUCACGACAUGGCAGAGUGCAUUGUGGGAGAUAUUGCUCCCUCAGACAACGUCAGUAAAGCAGAGAAACACAGGAGAGAAGAGGAAGCGAUGAGACAUCUGUCCGGUCUCCUGCCAGAGGGUCUCAAGCAGGAGAUGUAUGGGCUGUGGGAGGAAUAUGAAACUCAGAGCAGUGCAGAGGCCAGGCUGGUGAAACAGUUCGACCUCCUGGAGAUGAUCCUGCAGGCUCACGAGUACGAAGAGCUGGAGGGAGCGCCAGGAAGACUUCAGGAGUUUUUCGACUCCACAAACGGCCGUUUCCACCACCCAGACGUGCUCCAGCUCAUCAGCUCUUUGAAUGAAGAGAGAGGCCGUCACAUGAACAAAACUGAUGCCACAAAGAACUCUGGGAACUCUGAGGCCACUGGUGGCGUAUCUGCACGGCCACACUCGCCUCCACACACCUCCUGACUGUAACACAAACAACACAGACUCAUCCCUAGUGGACGGACAGAGAUAACGGCCACACAACUAUGUCACGUGACCAGAUUUGUGAACGGAGGUGGGAAACUGAAGUUGGGGAAUUUCUUUUUACCUCAGUGUUAGAUCCAUGCUGUCCUGGAAUCUGUAUCGUUCAUUUUCUAUAAUAAAUCCAUUCUGAUUAUAACCAAUACAAAUAUUACCAGAUAAUAUAUGAAUACAAUAUGAUUCAAUGUUUCAGAUAUUGUACAAAGAGAAACAAUACUUGACAAUACCAACACUUUGGAAAUUGGAGAGUGGUAACAGCGACAUAAUCAGGAAACCGCUGCAUUUUUUUGAAAAUUGAGAAAACAAUUGUUUGAUCAGAACAAAGAGAACAAUUAGAAACAUAAAAAUGUUAUGUUCUCUUCAUUGUUUUUUUCAGUUUUUUCUGCAGCUUCAGUCACAGUUUUUUGUUUUAAAAACAGUCACACGUCAUGUUUGGUUUAAGUGAUUUUUAUUAUCAGACAUAAAAACAGUUUUUUAAAACAGUGUGUAAUUAAAUGUAUGAAUACAACUGAAUAUGUUAAACACAAUGUUGUUAUAUGUCAAUGUCACAGUUUAUGUCUUUGGGAGUUUUAGUACAAGCUGUUUUUUUAAAGAUCUGAGUACAAUUUGAUUUCAAGCCAUGGUUAACGUAUAAAUAUAAAACAUAAGCUGGGUUUCAUAUUUUCAAUGAUAAUAAAUCAGACCU